AAUCCCACGUGGCCAAGAACAGCCACCGCAUCCACCAAUCCCCCAUCACAUCACCACAGCCCGAGACGAAACCCCGACAGAGAUCGAUCGAUCCCAUCCCAUCCGGCCGGAGUAACGCGGCGGCGACGGGACUCCUCUCGGCGGCGGACAACCAGCCACUGACUGGUUCAAUCUUUUUGUCGGAGCCGAUUGGCCGGACAGGCGAAAAGGGGAUCGGCGGGACGAUAAUCUUGAUUAUUCACAGAAAGGCGCCGGCUUUUAGCGGCGGAGGACGGCGAUGGACCCGCAGGUGGCGGUGCAGGGCGGGGACUGGGUGUCGGCGGUGACGCCGCUGCUGAAGCUGCUGUGCCUGACGGUGAUCGGGCUCCUCCUCGCGCACCCGCGGGCGCAGGUGGUGCCCAAGGCCACCUUCAAGCUGCUCAGCAAGCUCGUCUUCGCGCUCUUCCUGCCCUGCCUCAUCUUCGUGCACCUCGGCCAGUCCGUCACGCUCCACAACGUGCUCCACUGGUGGUGCCCCCCUCGCCGCCCCCCGCCGCACCAGUUCUUCCGCUUCACCGUCAUCAUGACGGGCUUCGGCAACACGGGCAACCUCCCCAUCGCCAUCAUCGGCUCCGUCAGCCACACCGCCGACCACCCCUUCGGCCCCGGCUGCCACCGCGAGGGCAUCGCCUACGUCUCCUUCGCGCAGUGGGUCGCCGUCCUCCUCGUCUACACCCUCGUCUACCACAUGAUGGAGCCCCCCAUGCAGUACUACGAGAUCGUCGGCGAGGGCAACGAGAUCGAGGAGGAGCCGCAGCUCAGCAACUUCAGCCGCCCCCUGCUCCAGGAGGCCGAGUGGCCCGGGAUGGCCGACAAGGAGACGGAGCACUCCAAGACGCCCUUCAUCGCCAGGAUCUUCGCCAGCAUCUCGGGCUCCUCGCAGAACACCUUCCCCGACAUCGAUUUCACCGAGGAGGGGGGGAUCUCCGGCGCCGGGCCUAGCAGCCCAAAGUCGCUCCGGUGCUUGGCGGAGCCCAAAGUGGUCAGGAGGAUGAGGGUUGUCGCUGAGAAGACUCCGAUUCAGCAUGUCCUUCAACCGCCGACCAUCGCCUCCUUGCUGGCCAUCAUCAUCGGCAUGGUCCCCGUGCUCAAGGCUUUCGUGUUUGGGGCUGAUGCGCCGCUCUCGUUCUUCACCGACAGUUUGGAGAUCCUGGCUGCUGCCGUGGUUCCCUCGGUGAUGUUGAUUCUCGGAGGCAUGCUCGCAGAAGGCCCAAAUGACAACGCACUGGGUAUGCGGACUAUCGUCGGUAUAACCGUCGCAAGGCUCCUGAUACUCCCCUGCAUUGGCAUCGGCAUCGUGAUGCUAGCAGACAGGUUGCAUCUGCUCGUCGAGAACGACCAGAUGUACCGGUUUGUGCUCUCACUGCAAUACUCCACCCCCAGUGCCAUCCUGCUCGGCGCCAUCGCAAGCCUGAGGGGUUACAGCGUUAAGGAAGCAUCCGCGCUCCUCUUCUGGCAGCACAUCUGUGCGGUGUUCUCUCUUUCCAUCUACCUGGUCGUAUAUUUCAAGCUGUUGUCGUACAUCUGAAAGAUGAUUGCCGGCCUUGCAAAACCGGGUUAUAGCAGUCAUCAUGGGAAGUGAUUCCCAAGAAAAGGAGUGCUUGAAUGGAUUCUCAGCCAUGCCUCCUUGUGGUUAAGAAGUGUAUUCAUAAUUUGCUAGUGAUUUGUUAUUUCUGUCACAUGUAUUAUUAUUCAAGAACAGGAGAUACGGUUUUGUCGUUAAUUAUUGUCGAUAUAUUGCUGGUGUA